AUGUCAUCGAAUGAAGUCGUACGUCUUGGAAUUAGUUUAAUUUGUGAUCAUUUAAUCAAAGAGUUGACAAAAAAGAAGCAUAGAAAACGUCGACGGUGGUGGAUGCGACCAUGGAUUGCAAGAAGAAAUUUAUUAGGAGCUUCCAAUACAUUGUUGAGAGAACUAGCCGUUGAAGAUCCUGAUUCAUAUUGUAAUCAUCUUCGAAUGGAUGAAAGUGAUAGUUUUGGAAGUUUAGAGUUUUUGUACAGAGUACCUCGAAAUACAAUAUCCUACUUUUUUCAAGAAGUAUGUGAAGCCAUUUGGACAGCCCUUGGAAAGGUUAUUAAGGUUCCUGGAAGUCAACAUGAAUGGAAUAACAUAAUGGAAGACUACUAUAGAUUAUGGAACUUUCCAAACUGUUGUGGUGCAAUGGAUGGAAAAUUGGUGAAUAUAAGAUGCCCAGGAAGAUCAGGCUCUGAAUAUUUCGACUACAAAAAGAAUUUUAGUAUUCAUCUAUUUGCAGUAGUAGAUGCGAAUUAUAAUUUUAUUUAUAUAGAUGUUGGGACAAACGGAAGGGCAAAUGAUGCAUCCGUCUUUAAUAAAUCAACACUGAAUGAAGCUUUGUUGUCGAAUCUUCUAAAUUUCCCAAAGGAAGGCGUAAUCGUCGCAGAUGAUGCCUUUCCUUUGCGGACGGAUAUUUUGAAACCAUAUAAUACUAGAGGAGAGUUUGGCGAUAAACAAAAAAUAUUUAACUAUCGGCUGUCAAGAGCUCGACGAGUGGUCGAAAACUCUUUUGGAAUAUUAGUAUCAAAAUUUCGAAUCUAUGAAAAGGCGAUUCCAUUGUCAGUGCAAAAAGUUGAACAACUUGUUAAAACGACGUGUGCAUUACAUAAUUGGCUCAGAAAAACUACAGUGGACUACGUGCAACAACGAUCACUGGAAACUGAGGAUUGGGUCACAGGGUCCAUUGUACCUGGAGAAUGGCGAGAAGUACCAUCUUUAGCAUUAAGCGAUUUACCACCAACCAAUGCAAGAAAUCAUAGUGAAAAUGCCCGCCGCGUGCGUGACGUAUAUGCAGAAAAGUUCGUCACUUCAUGCACUGUACCAUGGCAAUGGAACAUGAUAAGAAGAAUAUGA